CCCUCGCCCUCCAUGUCGGUCGCCGUCCAGCGCGCAGAGCAGCUCGCCCGCUCCCACCACGCCCGCUACGACCCUUCCCAUGACUUCCAUCACGUCACCCGCGUCCGCGGCCUCGCCCUCGCCCUCGCCCGCUCCCUCUCCAACGUCGACCUCCUCGUCGUCGAGCUCGCCGCACUCGCCCACGACCUCCUCGACAAGAAGUACCUCCCUUCAGGACGCGUUCCGACCCCGAGAGAACACCUCGACGAGCACCUGUGGUCCGGCUUGACCCAGACCGACGUCUCGGACGGCCAGCGACGACUCGUCGAGCGCGUCGUCGACAACGUCAGCUACUCCAAGGAGGUCAAGCGCAUCGCCAACGGCGAGCAGACCGAGUGGCAUCUGUCGUGUCCCGAGCUUCACUGUGUGCAGGACGCCGACAAGCUCGACGCCAUGGGUGCCUUUGGUGUCAUGCGCUGCGCUGCCUACUCGGCCAUCACGAGCCGGCCCCUGUACCUUCCGCCGACGCCCUCGCCCGCUCCUCCUUCGACCUCCUCGUCCGACACGCCCGCACCCGCGCCCGUCAGCGACGAUUCGGCCAUCGCCCACUUUCACGACAAGCUCCUGCGGCUCGGGGGCAUGAUCAAGACGGCGCGAGGGCGCGAGCUUGCGCGCGCGAGGACCGAGACGCUCAGGCGCUUUGUCGCCGACACGGAGCGGGAGUGGAGCGAA